GAUAACUCUUACCAUCAAAAAUUACAGAAGAUGUUGCGGACCGUGUCAAUUGUAGGCUAGACCAAACACACACCUUUAUGUAUUUGCAAGAAACUCUCCGCGCUGUGGCCAAUCUGGGACAAAGAUGCUGAUUCCGAUUGGUGUCCUGGUUGUUGCGACCAACGUCUAUGUGGCUGCCGAGAGCGCCCUGUGCCCUGUACCUCAUCAUAAGGUGCAUUUCGGCUACCACUUUGGAUCGGCGGAUGAUCCUUCUCACUGGUACAAUCUAGACGAAGACACCCACUGCUGUAACGGGCUAAAACAGUCUCCCAUAGAUAUCGAGACUGAUGACUUACAGUGUGCAUCUCUUGACGACAUCGAGUACGAACCCCACCACCGAGGUCCACUGUCUGGCGAUCUCAAAAUAAAUGGCCAUGGUGCGAUUCUUGCCUUCUUCGAAAAUGAUCGCCUCGUGACGAAGGACAUGCCUUUCACUGACGACGAGUACGUCCUUCACUCCGUGCACUUCCAUUCUCCCUCAGAACAUCUCGUCAACGGCAAACACUACGAUGGGGAGCUGCAUAUGGUUCACUUCAAAAAGGAGUAUGGGAACCUUCAGGACGCCGUGGACAAAGAAGAUGGUUUAGCUGUCAUCGGAGUGUUCCUGCAGGUGUCGGAUGAGUCGCAUGACCAUGCCUUCAAUACUUUCGUGGAUGGAGUGGCGCAUCUGAAGGGCGAUGAGGAUAAGAAAGUGAAGCUGGACCCCCGCCAGCUGCUGUUGGAUCAUGAACAUUACGUCACCUACAAGGGCUCGCUUACAACCCCACCCUGUUCGGAGUCCGUCCGAUGGGUUCUUAUGAAAAUGCCCAUUCUCACCACAUCAGACAGGCGUGUACCGUCGACAGAAACUGGGGCCGAAGUACCGCAUUUGAAACCGACCUUGACAAAUCUGUUUACAAUAUGGCGUCAACUCACGUUUAGAUGUCGUGGCAAGCUUUGGAAAUCUCCUCUUGCGACAGUGAAACGGUUACGGUACAUUAUUCACACGGACAGGUUGGCAUGCUGAAGUCUGUUCCAGUCAGUAAUGGCGAUGCACUCUCAGUUGACUCAAACGUCAGACCACCUCAACAGCUCAACGGCCGCGUUGUUUUUGCAAAAUGCUAAUAAACAAAUAAAUAUGUGUAUUGCCAUGACACCUUGAACACCCGUGUUAUAAACUUUUAUUCAAAUAGAUAACUGUUAACAUC